AUGGUGCAGCAAGACAUCGACGAGGUUGCCCAGCUCGUUCAUGGCUUAGAGGCUGCCAGCGGCAGCAGCAGGAGAAGAGGUGGAGGAAGUGGUCCAGGAAGACGGACGUUUUCCUGCAAGAAGUCUACCUUUCUCGUUCAAGGAUCAGGUAACAUCAGCGUGGACUCUUGGAGGUUCCAGGAUUGGGAUUACAAGCGGGAUGAUUUGCCUACCUAUGCACGCGGCCUAUUUACCACCAGGAAUAAGAACAACAAUUAUGAAAUCGCCAUUCGAGGGUACGAUAAGUUUUUUAAUGUUGACGAGGUUGACUCGACACGGUGGAGGAAUAUUGAAACAAAUACAAUAGGGCCAUAUGAGCUGAGUGUCAAGGAAAAUGGCUGUAUUAUUUUUAUUUCUGGAUUGGAGGAUGGCACCUUGCUAGUAUGCAGCAAACACUCGACUGGCGCUAGAACUGAUGUUACUGUGAGCCACGCUGUUGCCGGGGAAAACUGGGUGAAGCACCACGUAGCCUCUGUUGGCAAGACAGUGGGGGAUUUAGCCAAGGCCCUGAGAAGCCAGAAUUUAACAGCUGUCGGAGAACUUUGUGAUGACCGUUUUGAGGAACAUGUUCUGGCGUACGAUGAGCAGGCAGCAGGCAUUUAUCUCCAUGGCCUCAACUACAAUGUUCCCCAAUUUGCUACCCUACCUGGCCCCGAUGUUCACAAAUUUGCAGACGAAUGGGGGUUCAAAAAGGCGCAGUAUCUUAUGAAGAAUUCCCUAUCUGAUGUGAAGACCUUUGUGGAGAAAUGUGCUGAGACUGGAUCGUGGGAUGGGAGGGACACUGAAGGAUUCGUUAUCCGGUGUCAAAUAUCUGAAGGGGGUGCUGGACCGUACAGGGACUGGUUCUUUAAAUACAAGUUCGAAGAACCAUAUCUCAUGUACCGGCAGUGGCGUGAAGCUACCAAAGCCAUGAUUGCGGGACGACGGUUAAAACUCAAGAAGCAUGUAGCCAUUACGGAAGAAUAUCUGCACUAUGCAAAGAAGCGGCUCGUCGAAAACCCACAGCUUGCCAAACUCUACAAUCAAAACCAUGGUAUCAUAGCAAUGAGAGAUGGCUUCCUGAAAGAGCGAGGUCUGAAGGGCUCAGAAAUUAUUGCUAUGGAAUCAGAACAGGGAGCAGGUGCUGCAUCUCUUGCUAAUGUGACACAGGAUGUCGUCUUAGUCCCAGUCGCCUCAAUCGGGUGUGGUAAAACCACUCUAGCUCUUGCUCUUGUCAAAUUAUUUGGCUGGGGACAUAUCCAGAAUGAUAAUAUUCAGGGUCCCAAGAACCGCCCAAAGCGAUUUGCACAGGAGGUAAACAAUUCCCUCGUAACGCAUAGGGUUGUCAUCGCAGACCGCAACAACCACCAAAAGCGGGAAAGAAAGCAGAUCAUGGAGGAUGUUCAGAGGGCUGUACCAAAUGCUAAAUUUGUUGCUCUCCAUUAUGUCCAUGAACCUAAGGAAAUGUUGCUGGGUGAUAUCAGGCAAGUUACUCAGGCAAGAGUUCUUGAACGAGGCGAUAACCAUCAGACCAUCCAGGCCAACAGCAAAGGCCGGGACUCCGUAAUUGCGAUUAUGGAAGGCUUCUUGAAUCGAUUCGAAGCCGUAAACAUAGAAUCUGACCCUGAUUACGGCUUUGAUGAAGUAAUCGACUUAAACGUCAUGGCCUCUACCCGUGAGAACCUGGAAAAAGUCAUCUCCGUUCUACACUCCACGUUCCCUAAACUCAUGAACGGCAAAUUGCCAACUUCAUCCGAUCUAGACGACGCAAUCGACGAAGUCAUGAAGAACUACAUAGUUGAGACAAAACACGACCUCAGCUUCUCAAACAAAAAGAACUCGAAACCAAAUGAUAAUAUUCAGGGUCCCAAGAACCGCCCAAAGCGAUUUGCACAGGAGGUAAACAAUUCCCUCGUAACGCAUAGGGUUGUCAUCGCAGACCGCAACAACCACCAAAAGCGGGAAAGAAAGCAGAUCAUGGAGGAUGUUCAGAGGGCUGUACCAAAUGCUAAAUUUGUUGCUCUCCAUUAUGUCCAUGAACCUAAGGAAAUGUUGCUGGGUGAUAUCAGGCAAGUUACUCAGGCAAGAGUUCUUGAACGAGGCGAUAACCAUCAGACCAUCCAGGCCAACAGCAAAGGCCGGGACUCCGUAAUUGCGAUUAUGGAAGGCUUCUUGAAUCGAUUCGAAGCCGUAAACAUAGAAUCUGACCCUGAUUACGGCUUUGAUGAAGUAAUCGACUUAAACGUCAUGGCCUCUACCCGUGAGAACCUGGAAAAAGUCAUCUCCGUUCUACACUCCACGUUCCCUAAACUCAUGAACGGCAAAUUGCCAACUUCAUCCGAUCUAGACGACGCAAUCGACGAAGUCAUGAAGAACUACAUAGUUGAGACAAAACACGACCUCAGCUUCUCAAACAAAAAGAGCUCGAAACGCUCUCAACAAAAGAACUCGAACCAACUCGCCAAACGCCUCGAAUUAACUCGCCAAACGCCUCGAAUACUUCAGAAUAUCCCUAAACAAAACUAUAUAACACCUCCGAAACUCUCGCGCAUCCAACCCUCCUUCCACGUAACCCUAAUCCACCGCGCCUCCCAACCGACCCAGCCAGCCAUCUGGACCCAUUACCAAGAUCUCUACAAAGCGGCCAUCCAAAAGCAACUCAACCAACCAAACGGUGAUGUAGUCGAGACCCCAACCCUAGGCACCUGUCGUGUUCGAAUCGAGCGUCUAGUGUGGGAUGACAGGAUCAUGGCGUUUGUGGUGCGCAUUUGCCCACAAGAGGGAGAUUUGUGGCCUUGUGCGAAUGAUAUCCCGCAUAUUACGGUUGGCACUGCUGCGCCUAACGUGAAGCCGAAGGAGAGCAAUGAUUUGCUGAAGCGUUGGUUGGAGGUUGGGGCUGGGGAAGAGACGGGGAUUUGGGAGGCUGAGAUAACUUCUGUUACGGUGUUGGAGGGGACUGUUGGAGAGGAAUUGAGGAGGUGA